AAUGCAAUAUGAACGUUUACUAAUUUUGAUUAUCAGUAUUCUAAGUUCCGUUGUCUCAAUAAAUGCAAAGAAAAUUACCCAAAUUCAAACCAUCUUUACUUCGAACAUCGUGGAAGGUCAAACGAGGAAUGUUAUAGAUGAAGAUCUGAGUAGUUAUCUUGUUCUACAACCAGCUUCUGGAACUCUUUCAUGGAUUACGCUAAAACUCUCUAAUUUUGCUGUUAUUAAUAGAGUAAUUGUGAAGAGGAGAUUGUGUUGCGAAGAUCAUAUGGCGAUAUUUUCCGUUUCGAUUGGAGAUUCAUUUUGUCAAAGUGAUUCCAAAUCUUUUCAACCAUCAACUCAAGAUUCAUUGUGUUAUUCAUACAAUUAUGGAAGCACCAGUAAUGUUCCUGAAUCAGUGAAUGAAACAUGCUCAACAUCUCUUCAUUCAAGGCCUCCUCUUGGAAAUUAUGUUACAAUAUUCAAAAAUUCUCCUAGCAGAAAUAUACAUUUAGCAGAGAUUGAGAUUUAUGGAGAAAUUCUAUCAGAUAUUACUCCACUCAAAGAAAAUUAUGUUUAUGAAAAGCAUGGAACAAGAGGUUAUAUUCUGAAGAGAGAGAAGAACAACUUUUGGAACGCAAAGAAAAAAUGCGAAGACGAUAAUUCGUAUUUAGCAAUAAAUUCUGACAGUUUCUUAGCAUCAUAUCUUCGGAGAGAAAUAAGUGAGAAUAAGUUUUGGCGAAAUGGACAUUAUUUCGACAAUAAAUGGUAUACCGCAUCAGAUUGUUCGCAAGAGUUAAGCUCUUUACCAAAUGCAGUAAAUUCACCAACAAAUGAUAUGAAAAUGUAUUGGGAUAGAGAUUUGAAAUUAUAUGGAGAGAAUCCCAAUCAACAAUUCUAUUACAUUUGUGAAAGAGAUUUACCGAAUACUGUAUCGAAUUGUCCUGAUUAUUGUGAAUAUUGUGAAAUAUUUAAUCGUAAUAACAUGGACUCGAGGUGCAUUUGUGAAAAUGGAAAAUAUGGAGUAAGAUGUCAGUGGCCUUGUUUGGGAAAUUUUUAUGGGGUUGAUUGUAAUAUUGCGUGUGGAAACUGUAGAGGAGGAUCAGCUUGUAAUUCUAAAACUGGAUUAUGCUCUGGUGGUUGCGAAAAUGGUUGGACAGGAGAUAAAUGUAAUGAAGUUGAGACAACAGUAAGUAGUAUAGAAAGUACAGUUAUAACAAGAAAAUUAACCUCUUUAAUCCGGUUAUCUAUAUUGGCUCCCACAAAACCAUCAAGUGAUGCAGGUGUGAAAAGGGAAAGUACUCCAACCAUAGUGUCAACAUCUGCUUUGAUUUCAAUCAAUACUACAUAUAAAUAUACGGGAAGUGACAAUUCUAAACAGAGUUUGAUAAUUGGGAUUACUGUCGGUUUAGUUGGGAUUCUUGUCAUCAUUAUGGCAUCCAUUUGUAUAUUUAGAAGAUGGAGGAGAAAAGAUAACAAUGAGGCGAAUUCUUACUAUUCGGAACCAGAGUUCCAUAUAUUAGAUUACCUAUGUUGUUUUUGUGGUAUAAGAGGGAAAAACGCAAAAGAUAAUCAAAGAGAAAGCAACUACUAUUCGGAAGCUGAACCCGUGAAGAGAGAAAUUUUCUGCUCUUGUAACUGUUUUAAAAGUAAAGAAAAGGCUAAAAAGGAGUUUUAUGAAAAUUAUGAGUUAUAAAUUGAAAUCCGUGAAAAAAAUAUGUAUAAUAUGUUAGUUUAUCGAAUAUACUAGAGUUUUUAUAUGCUAUAAUGAAGGAUUAUCUUUUUUUCCUAGUGAGACGAAAGUACACAUCAUGAUACAAGGAAUAGGAUAAUUAUUUGAUGUUAAUUAUUA